AUGCAACAAAAAAUUGCCAUCAACAUCAUCAGUGCUGUCGCAGAAGAGUGUGAGCUUACUGCCAAGGAAUAUCAAGAAAAAUUUGACGAAGUUACUCAGCAAUGGGAACCUAAGUUUGCAGCAAUUGCCAUCUUUAUCAGCUGGGCCAAACAUAGUAGUCGCCACUUCAACAACAAUACUAUAUCUCUUGUUCAAACUAUCGCGGAUCAAUGUGGAAUUAGUACACUCAAUCUCAUGGAAGAAGCAAAAUCAUAUCGUAUGGUUUGGGCUGAAGGCGGCAAUAGCUACCAAAUGCAAUUUGCCAAAACAAAAGGUCAAGACGAAAGUGAGGUUUGGGCAGUAGCUCCUGUUAUUGAUAAAGUUAUAUUUGGCAUACAACUUACGGGAAGUCUUUUUGAGAGGGAGAUCGAAGAAUCUGGAAGCACAAUGUUGGCAGCAGUGGGUCGAAAGAGGAAGAGUCGUAGAGACAAGGAUGAAAAACAAUUUACAUUUUUUGAGGAUCAAGAUGGCAUUGAAGAUGGUACAAGCUAUACUUCUGCUCCACGGUUUGCGGUUCAUAUGUUGAAGUCCUUCCACAACCGGGUUUGGCUGGAAAUAGAGCAUCGCUUUUUGGCUUACCACAUCAUCAAGGUGUUGUUUGGCCUUGUGGUUCCAAUAAACGAAGUUAAAAGAACAAAGAACGAAAUCUAA